UGUCUUCUAUCCUAUCUAAAUGUCACUCCAUCUACAGUUUUCUCCCACCAGCCUUCGGGGUUUUCCCAUGACCUGCCUAACAGCUUUAACUCCUGCCAUUGUCACAAUCUCAGAAUCAUUUCAUAGAAACCACCGCAGGAGAGAGGAAGAAAAUCAUAGAGAGCAAAUAGAGUAGGAAACCAAACUGGACAGAGAGUAAAUGACCUGAAUGCAGGAUCACAUCCUGUUGACCUUCCAGUCCUCACUGUUCCUAAACACACACCACAGGAUAGUUGUCCCUCUAAAGUACACAGCAGGAUAACUUUUUAAACAAACAAAAUAGAACACAUCAUCUUCUCUAACUUUCUCUAUCAUGGGACCCCAUAGGUAAAGUCAGGUUAAUCUCUGGUUUUCUGGUCAACCAGAUUUAGGAAAAAGAUUUCUCAUUGGUUAAAGGCUGUGUGGUCUCGGUCUCUCUUUUCCUUUAGUGGACAGCUGCCCAGUCCUCUGCCCUUCCACCCCUAACCCCAUCUGCACUCAUGUCCAAAGGUCAGGCCUGACCCCUCACAAGGUCAGUUCUGGUGAGCAAUAGGUGCAGCUAGAGCCACCUGGGCAGGUCCAGUGACCUGUCGUAGCUGGUAGAGACUGUCCAGAGUCCUGCUGGAGGGAUCAGAGAUCUUGAGCAAGGAGACAAGCAACUCAAAUCAUCACCUAGUGGUUGUUAUCCAGUACUGAUUCAGGCUUUGUCACCAUCUACAGUAGAUCUACAGGUCGGGACUGUGUGUGAGGGUGCACAUAUUCUACUUCUGUGCUACACACACAGGCCCCGUGUGCUGACUGGACACUGUCAGAGCACAGCUACAGGACUAUAAAGAGAGAAGUCACUGAGUCCUCCUCUCACUCAGGAUGAAACUCCUUCUGCUGGUUUCUCUGCUCACAGGUGCUACUGCACAGAGCAUCAGCCCUCAGGCUGUGUGGCAGUUGGGCAAUGUGUUCGAGUGCAACAUUCCCAGGAGUGGUACAGUCUUAGAGUACAGAUUCUAUGGCUGCUACUGUGGUUUGGUGAGAUUCGGCGAUCCAGAUGAAGACUUAGACAGUUGCUGCAGGACUCGUGACAACUGCCUUGCUCAGGUCGAUAACCUGGAAAACUGUGCAGUCCUCAUAAGGAACCCCUACACCAGCUCCUACUUAUUCUCAUGUUCUGGGAAUGAGGUCACCUGCAGUGAUGCUUCCUUUGUCCAGUGGUCUUCAGAAUCCUUAGCUGAAUGCCUUCAUGCUCCUGGAAAGAAAAAAAAAAUAAAACCCAGCCCCAGCCCUAACUUUGGGGGUUUCCCUUUUCACAAGUUAUAUCAGAUCAAAUGAAAAGCAUUUGUUAGUCUUAUAAGUUAGUUUAGAUUGAAUGGUCACACUGUUUGAUGAGCUAUAGCCUCUUCUAAUCAAGAAGUCUCUUUUGUUCAAAUAUAAUCUUUAUCAAUUUUGAUGGUAUCCCUAGUUUUUAUUCUCCCAUGGAAACAAAAGCAAAGCCUCUUCCCAACAUAACACAUAUCCUGGUUUCAUUCUGAGGUUAACACUUCUUUAUAGUGUACAGGAUGGUUUAAUUCAGCAGUUUUCCCCUACUAUCCAAUGUCUGUCCACAGCUGUCAUUCCAUUCUCAUUAACAUUUAGAAAAUUUAAUGUUAAUAAAGCAUUUUGCAAUCUA